AUGCGGCUCUCCACAUCGUCUACGGCCUUUAAUGGCCUGGGAUGGACACUGUUUGCGCUUUCGAUGUUGGGUAUCGUCGGGGCGAACGGACAAGGCUUUCAAGUCGUUGAGCACCAACUGGUGUCGCGACAGCUACCAGAUCUGAGUAACAUCUCAACAUGCGGCUCCAUCACUGGCUCGGGUUGCGACCUGACGAAUACAACUUGUUCAUGUGCUAGUUCGCAGCUUGGCCAGCUCGCCGCGAGCUGCUUGAUCGCGAACUGCACUAUGCAGGACUCAUUAGAUCUGGCAAAGCUUCAAGCCAGGCAAUGUAACCUGCCGCACGAAUCCCAGACCACGAAGAUGCUGGGCAUUCUGGUCACAGUCUACGUUACCGCACUCAUUGCAAUCGGCUUACGUCUUGUCGCGAAGAGUUUUGCAAAGAUAUGGAGCACAGAUGAUGCUUUGAUUGUCGCUGCCAUUGUCAUUGCAAUUGCGCCGUUCUCCCUUGUGAUCAUAAUGGCUACGAUGGGAUUCGGAACACAUCUUUACGACCUGCAGUCCGGACAACUGACGAAAAUAUUGCAACUUUUAUAUGCCGCCGAGAUCGUUUACGUCUUCGUGCUUCUGUUCGCGAAACUAUCCCUGGUCACGUUCUACCUCCGCAUAUUCACGGUACCCAGGUUUCGGAUGGCGGCCUACUCUUUGAUUGCAUUCCUCGUGUUGGGCCAGGUCAUCAUUGGAUUUCUGACCAUCUUCUCGUGUCAUCCGAUCGAACUCUUCUGGAAUAAGGACAUUCACACCGGUGGCUGUCUCGACAUUAACCAACUGGCGUAUGCCAACUCAGCUCUCGCUAUUCUUCAGGAUCUGAUCAUACUCGCCCUGCCGAUAGCAAUGCUGCCAGGCUUGCAAAUGAACAAAAACAAGAAGAUCUCCGUCGCUGUGAUCUUCCUCCUCGGUUCUGUCGGCUUCAUAUCGACCAUCAUCCGUCUUCAAGUUCUCGCGGUGUUCGGCAACUCGAUCGAUCCGACGUGGGACUACGUUCCGGUGGUUUGGUGGACGACAAUUGAGCUCGGCGUUGUCAUCGUCUGCGCGUGCCUGCCCAUGAUUCGCAACCUCGUCGAGAAGUGGUUUCCCAACUUCAAGCUCUUCAAGUGGUCCUCACCAAAGCCAUCGAAAGACAGCGUGGGAUCCUCUUCGGUCGGAACCGACGACAAAUCAUACAAGAUGGGGCGAUAUCAAAAGUUUGGCAGGAGUACCAGCCCGCCGCAGUUCAGCGAUAACUACGUUCGUGACCAUAUCGGAGGCCCCCCAUCAAAGACCGACGAAAUUUCCCCGACAAAAUAUCGAGAUAUGUACGCUUACGGCGGAUCCAAGCCAAAGGUUUUGGAGCCUCCCAUGUCACCACCUCAACCAUACGAUCUCUCAUGGAGGUCGACGAACCCCUAUGGAAUAUCUGGCGAAAACCCGUACGCCGUUGGAAAGACGAAUUACAGACUUAAUAUUGAAAUGUUGGAAAGGAAAGACAGGAAUUUUGAUGAGGAGCUUCCUGACAUUCCUGAGCAUCCUGAACAAACUGAGGUGGAGUACUACGGUCAAGCGAUCACGACCGGGGAGCACCCACAACCAUCGCGAUGGCGAUGCUGCGAACAGCAGCUCUGCGAAGCUGAGCAGAAGCACACCUGCAGCAGCUGCGGUGCCUCGAAGCCGCAGGUCCCGAUGCCCGCAGCGCCCCCGCAGUGUCUUCCGCAGGAGUGGGCAACGUGGACGACGGACGAUGGAGUUGAUGCCUCGACCCGCGCGUACUGGAUGCGGCAGGCAAACCUCGCAUUGCCGAACCCCUGCCCGUUCGCGGCCUUUGGAGCUGUUGUUGUGAACCACACGGCCGGUGGCCUGGGGGAGCUGGUCUGUACUGGCGCGAACAACAACCAGGGCUCAGGCAACCCGACGCUUCAUGGCGAAAUGGUCGCGAUCAACAACUGUUCGGCCAUCUUCACGGAUCCUCAGGGACGUUACAAUAUGACGCCCGCAAAUGCUCUUCUCGCGUUCGGGGAUCUGACGCUCUACACCAAUGCCGAGAGCUGCCCCAUGUGUGCAUCGGCUAUCCGCUGGGCUGGGUUCAAGGAGUACGUGUAUGGUACGAGCAUCGAUGCCCUCGUCGACAUGGGCUGGGGUCAGAUCACUGUCUCUUCCAAAGAGAUAUUCAACCAGUCUUCCAGCCUCUCUAGUGAGACCGGCUUCCUAGGUGGUGUAUUGACGAAUGAGACGGACGGGUUCUUCAGCUGGCAGUUCCGUCCAAACGCGACUUGCCCGCAGGGCUGCUCUCGGGCGGCGAGCGGCCGUUGUGCGCCUGCAUGA